AUGACAGCAUGGUCUGUGCCGACGCGGGCAUUAAAGUCACUAAGGACAAUCAGCUUAUCCGCCUUCUCGGAGAGGCAGGCGGAGGCUCGUCAGGCUAUCGUUGAGGCCCUGCGGCAUACGGGGCAGUCCUACGAUGCUGUUCCGGAUGGCAAAGGCGACGCCCGCGUCCCGUCGCUCUACCCUGAGGCGGCCGCUCCAGAAGAAGGUAUAGCCGGCAUCAGCCUCCUGCAGUUGAACUUGUUCGGAGAACCGGCUCUCGCUGAGUGCAGCAAUGGCCACCUUGUAGCGCGCCAGUUGCAGGGCCACUAG